AUGGAGGAACCACUACUCAAUGGGACGGAGCGCCUAUGUACAAACGGCGAAGUCCAACUCAUUCCAACCCCUACGAAUUCUCCAGACGACCCACUUAACUGGAGCACGUGGAGGCGGUAUUGGCAUGCAUUUUUGGUCUUGAUCUUUGUCGCUUUAACCGCCGCCACUUCUAACGACGCCGGUACGGCGGGCAAUGGCAUGAACGCCGAUCUGGGUAUUACCUGGGACCAGAUCAACAUUGCUGCCGGUGUACUAUUUGUUGGCAUUGGAUAUACCACAUUGCUGCUCAGUCCAGCACCUUUCUUAUAUGGACGCCGCAUCUCCUACUUGAUAUGUCUGAUGUUCUCCAUCAUCGGCUCGAUCUGGCUGGCCCGCAUCGAAGGUGUUCAGGAUAAUAUCUGGAGCCAGCUCUUCGUGGGCGCCUCCGAGUCAUGUGCCGAGGCGCUUGCCCAACUCUCUCUUUCCGAUCUCUUUUAUCAGCAUCGGAGAGGUCUCGUCUUGGGUCUGUACGUCCUUGCUACCAGUAUUGGUACAUUCACGGGCCCAAUGGUGUCUGGUUUCAUCACUGAUUCUCCCCUUGGAUGGAGAUGGGUGGGCUGGCUUGCCGCGAUGAUCUCGGGGGGUUUGAUUUUCGUAUUCUUCUUUGGAUUAGAGGAAACAUUCUUUGAUCGGAACAAUCCCGUCCAUGGCAUCCAAGGACAAGACGCGACUCCCGGUUCAAUUGAGAAAACUGAGGACCCAACCGACCUCCCGCUGGACGGAAAGGAAAAGACCGCGACAAGCGUCCAGGCCACACCCGACAACCAGCUCGACGAGGAAUGCGGCCAGAAGAAGGGUAAGACCUAUUUCCAGCGCAUCGCCCUGAUCACCCCGUCCCCAACCUUGGUCGGGACCGGCUUCAAGCAAUAUACCCGUCGACUGUUGCACACGCUGCGCGUGUUCACCUUCCCCGCUGUGCUCUACUCGGGCCUUCAAUGGGGUGCUCAGGACGCCUGGUUGACCUUCUACCUCACAGUGGAAGAAGACAACUGGUACGAUGCACCCUGGAAUUACAGCGAUGCAGCAGUGGGUAUCAUGAAUGUGCCUACUCUGAUUGGCGCGGUCAUCGGCUGCAUUUACGGAGGAUGGUUCUCCGAUUUCUUCGUCGUGUGGAUGGCGCGCCGAAACGGCGGCAUUUUCGAGGCCGAGCAACGUCUCUGGCUCCUGCUGCCGGUUGCUUUCAUCGGCCCUGCCGGUCUCAUGCUGUUCGGUAUUGGCUCGGACAAAGGCUGGGAUUGGCAUUUGCCGUAUCUCGGUUUGGGCUUCAUCGGCUUUGGCUGGGGCUGUGCGGGUGAUCUCAGCAUGGCAUAUCUUAUGGAUGCGUAUCCGGAUAUGGUGCUGGAGGGCAUGGUCGGUGUUUCGGUCAUCAACAAUACCAUUGGUUGUCUUUUCACGUUCACUGCUCAGAACUGGCUUGAUGCACAGACUCUCGCUCAGGUUUUCAUCGCGAUUGGCGUUUUGAGCUUCUGUUUCAUCAUGACGACUGUUCCCAUGAUUUACUGGGGUAAGAGGUGUCGACAAUUGACUCGCAAGCAAUACGAGACUUUCCUGCGCAUCCGUGAUGGCCCUGCCUAG